AUGGCUGAUCAAAACCAAACGACUUCAAAUACUGAGGGAGGCUUCUGUCCUGAAGCAGAGAUCCCUUCUUAUUCAACUUUGUCUCCGGAAAUAAAAAAACGUAUAGAGGAGAAUCGUCUCAAAGCAAAAGACAUACAGUUGGAAAGGAGGUUGCAAAAUGGCUCGAACAAAACUUCUCAAGUAUCAACGUCAACUGAACAAACUGAACAGCAAAAUACAAAUUCGUCAAAUAAUACCAAUGCAAAUAACCAGGAGGAAAAAUUACGUCCAAUGAAAAAAUUUCAAAAUUAUGUGGAUUAUGAUUUUUCUAAAAUGAUAAAUACUCGUGGCGGAUUUCUACUUGAAGAUCAAGAUGAAAAUUCAAAAAAACGAAAGAUUAGAGAAAUCGAUCCAGAAGAUCCACCAAUCGACCCUCAUCAUUCUGACACUCCAAGAUGUAAAGAAUGCAACACUGUAGAAAUAGAUUAUCAAUUUCAUAGAACAUUUCGAGUAGAUAUUUGUAAAGCUUGCAAGGAAAAGUUUCCCGAAAAGUUUAGUUUACUAACAAAGACUGAGGCAAAGGAGGAUUACCUAUUAAAUGAUGCUGAAUUAAAGGAUGAAGAGCUUUUGCCACAUUGGUCAAAACCAAACCCACACAAAUCGACUUGGAAUGACAUGAUGUUAUAUCUUCGAGAACAGGAAUUCUCCUUUAAAAAAUGGGGUGGUGCUGAAGGACUUGACAAAGAAUUUGAGAGACGUCAGAAUGAGAAAAAAAAGAGGAAGGACAAAAAAUUUAAAUCAAAACUUGCAGAUCUUCGAAAGCGUACAAGAACUGAUGAGUUAGAAAAGAAUAGAUACAAAGAGCAUAAACAUGAAUUUGGAGUGGCGGUUGAAGAUCCUGAAACUGGAAUAUCAACACAAACAU